ACAGUCACAGGAAUUUCCCAGCAAGUUGUGAUUUUUUAGUAGUUUAGAAAUAACAAAAAAACAGUCGGAAAAAUGGCUGAAAACGUCAAGGUUGUGGUUCGGUGCAGGCCGAUGAACAAACGGGAGCAAUCGUCCGGUUGCAAGAACAUCACCCAAAUCGACAAUUCUACAGUGAAUCUGGACAAUCCGAGCGACUCUAGCGCACCGCAAAAGUCGUUCAAAUUCGAUAGCGCCUACGGUUAUGCCGCGACUACCGAGAACAUCUAUAGUGAAAUCUGCUACCCGUUGAUCGAGAGCGUUCUCGAGGGCUACAAUGCGACAAUCUUUGCGUAUGGGCAGACCGGUUGCGGUAAGUCGCACACCAUGCAGGGGACUACGUACAACAUGUCUGCAGCGGAUCCGAAUAACGCCAACAACAUCGGUAUCAUCCCACGGUCGUUCGAGCAUGUGUUCGAAGCGAUUUCCGUGGCAAGCGACGUGCGGUAUCUGGUUCUCGUGAGUUACCUAGAGAUCUACAACGAAACCAUUCGUGAUCUGUUGUCGUUGAGUUCUGGAGGUACGAGUCUGGCCAUCAAGGAACAUCCCGGCGAUGGCGUUACCGUACAAGGUCUCUCUAUGCACACGGUGCACGGAAUUAAGGAAUGCAUAGAACUAUUGGAUAUGGGAGCGAAGAAUCGAAUAGUUGGUGCCACUCUGAUGAACGUUGAGAGCUCCCGGUCGCAUUCGAUCUUUACUAUUACCUUGGAGCAGAUGUCGACCGGUGCCGGGCAGGAUGCUGUGAUAAAACGAGGGAAGCUAAACCUGGUGGAUUUAGCCGGGUCCGAGCGACAGAGUAAGACUGGAGCAACCGGUGACCGGUUGAAGGAAGCGACCAAAAUUAACCUUUCACUUUCGGCACUGGGGAAUGUAAUCUCGGCCUUAGUCGACGGUAAGACGAAGCACGUGCCCUACAGGGAUUCCAAAUUGACGAGACUGCUGCAGGAUUCGCUGGGAGGAAACACAAAGACACUGAUGGUCGCAUGUAUCUCGCCAGCGGAUUUCAACUACGAUGAAACGCUUUCGACACUACGCUAUGCUAGUCGAGCGAAGAACAUUGCCAACAAACCGAAGAUCAAUGAAGAUCCGAAGGAUACUAUGCUGCGUGAGUAUCAGGAAGAGAUUCAGCGAUUAAAGCAAAUGCUGGCGAGCGAGGGAAAGCUGCCGAUUGGAAAUGGGCUUUCUGCGGGAGAUGUGCUAGAAACUGCUGUUGCGUCCGGAGUGGUACAAUCUUCGUUUGACCAUGAAAAACGAGCGUUGAAAGGUCAGUACGAUACGGACGUGGCGAAUCUGAGGAAGGAGUACGAACAGCAGAAGAUUGCCAAGCAGGAGCUGGUGAAGGACAUCGAGAAGAUAAAGUCCUACUAUGAAGGACAGAUGCAGGAGUUGAUUUCGAAGAGAAACACGGAAAAGGUACAAGAUGGUGUAGCGGCGGCAACAACGGUGAAGUCGCCAGUUGACAAACAGGAAAUCUACAAUCGAAUCAAGGAAAUCAAGGAUGCGCUAAUUGGAGGUGAACGAGCGAAUGAUAUCCAGUUGAAGGAGAAGCGCUAUCGCAGCAAGUUGGCAUCGCAGAAGCGGUUGAAUGCAUUGGCUCAUGUGAUAAGUAGAGUAGAGCAGAGUGGGGACCGAGACCUGCUUCAAGGGCACUACACUGACAUUCAGCAGGAAUUGAAGGUGCGUUACGAGCAGAUUAGACAGCAGAGGAGGAGAAUAAAGUCGCUGGAGCGGGAUAUCUCUGACAUUCAGGGAGAGUUUCAAACUGAUCGGGCUGACUAUUUGACUACGAUUAGGUUGCUAGAGAAGAAGAUACUGUUUUACGAGGCAGUGUUUCAGAAAGCGAUGCCGGUACUGAGGAAAGAUGGGCGGUAUUGGAAUUUGGAGUCCUUAGAACUGGAUUCGGAGUGGAAUGAUGACCUGAACAAGUGGAAGUUACCGGACGACACGCUGCUAAGAGUACGAUUUCCUCCUGCCGAUUCCGUCCAGCAGCAACAGCCAAGUGAAUCAUCGCCAACGAAAACCGGCCGUGACAGUCAGACUUCCCUUACGGCACCGGGGCGACUGGAGCGGAGUUCUACGAUGAUUCUCACCAAACUACCCAAUUGCGAGAGCAAUUCCUCGGCGGGUGAACCCCGGAGGAAGGAGUUUCUUAGCAAAAGCACCAACUGCAGCCCAUUCCCCAAGAUCGAAGAUGUUGCCGUGUCCUAUUUCCGACCACGGCGGGCAGCCGAACUGGUCUAUCGCAGUGGGUGGGGAAGCUUUCAGAAAUAGUGCACCAGUUGUUUUACUGUUAGUUUGUAUGAGAUUUGGAAGGGUUUCGAAUAUUUUUUUUAUGAAAAUAAAGCGAGCAGUUUAU